GUCAGUGUAGUUCGUUUCGUUUAGUUCGUUGGAUGUUCUGUGUUAUGAGUUAAACUAAUCGUUUAAACAAUUAUAGUUUUGUGCACCGAUUGAUGUCUUGUUCUAUUUUAGCUCCGUACUUGGUCCAUCGACAAAUAGUGAAAACGCCGUCAAGCGUACCCGGCCAAACCCCGCUGCCGCCAGAUACAUACACAGCGACUGUACCCGAUCCAGCAUGUCCCCGACGGCAUGAAUUUGGUGUGCGGCGAUAUGUUUUGAAUCAGUUCAAACAUGAUAAAUUUAAGUAAGGUGUAAAGAAAUGUAUUUAGUGGAAUGAGUAUCAGUUUCGUUGCAGGUUAGACGAGUGCUGGAUGACUUGGAAUUGAAUGAGAACGAUGUGCGCAGCAACUGCCAGGGAAUCCAGCCAACCAACUGGACAAAGAGAACAUAAGCUUGUCAUGGUGGGACUGGACAACGCCGACAAGACGACCAUUCUGUACCAGUUUCUGAUGAACGAGGUGGUUCACACGAGCGAUCGGAUUGAACGUGGAAGAGGUACGCACGCAGUUUACCAGAUAACCAGUGGCCACUUCGUAAGCCGCUCACCGGUGACGGGUGUCCAUUUACCUCGUUUCUCAUUCAUUCGCCGUGCCGCGUAUUUUCGUAACGUGCACCACGCAGCUGUCAAAAGUUCAUAGUCACAACUGGUUGUUUGUUCUUUUAACGCGCCUCGCAGAUCGUGUGGAAGAAUAUCCACUUUUUGGUGUUUGUAACCAAUAGAUUGUAAUGCAAU